GGGCAAGCUGAAGAUCCCGAGGGCCCUUUUUGCGAUCAGCUAUGUCUCAAAGCGGCGGUGACUUCAGCCUCUCCGACGAGAUUCUCGCCGUGAUUCCCACCGACCCUUAUGAUCAACUCGAUCUCGCCAGGAAGAUCACUUCCAUGGCCAUUGCUUCUAGGGUUUCAACUCUGGAAUCCCAAGUCUCCGGCUUGAGGCAUAAGCUUCUUGAGAAAGAUCAGCAAGUUCAAGAACUUGAAGACAAAGUAUCCUCCUUUGAAAGACUUUACCAUGAGGCUGAGUCCACUUUGAAGAAUGUUUUCGAUGAAAAUAUGAAACUAACUCAAGAACGAGAUUCACUGGCAAUUACUGCGAAGAAACUCGGUCGUGAUUUUGCAAAGCUGGAGGCGUUUAAGAGACAGUUGAUGCAGUCAUUGAAUGAUGAGAGUCCAUCUCAAUCCGAGACAGCUGAUAUCAAAAUGGUUCCUCGAGACAAAGAGGAGAAUUCAAAUGGCUUAUCGGCACGUGGUUCCUACUCAAACAAAGAAGGUCUCGGUGAAGGUAGGCAAAGGCUUCCUUUGACACCGCAGUUCUCUCCUGCGUUUACUCCAAGCGCAACACCAAAAAUCUUAUCUACUAGUGCGUCUCCGAGAAGCUACUCUGCCGCUUCAUCACCAAAGCUAUACUCUGGUGCCGCAUCUCCAACAUCUUCUCAUUAUGAUAUACGCAUGUGGUCUUCAACAAGCCAGCAAUCUUCAGUACCAAACUCUCCUCCUCGCUCACAUUCUGUUUCAGCUCGCCAUCCGCGGAUUGAUGGGAAAGAGUUCUUUAGACAAGCCAGGAGCCGGUUGUCUUACGAACAGUUCAGUGCGUUUCUGGCUAACAUCAAGGAACUAAACGCUAGGAAGCAGAGCCGGGAGGAAACAUUACAGAAAGCAGAGGAAAUAUUUGGAAAGGAAAACAAUGAUCUUUACAUAUCGUUUAAGGGACUUCUCACGAGCGGGCGUUGAAACCACAAGGCAAAAAACACCAACUUCUAAGCUUUCUUUGUAUGACCCAUUUAGUCAUAUGACUGAAUCCGAAUUUGUAAAACCUCUUUUAACCAUAGAAGAAUCAGGGAAUUUUGUCCACCAUUUCUUUUGCUAAGAGGAGUUAAUAUAUAUCUAAAUGUAGCACGUAAAACAAAGAUCCAAUUUAUGUAUCAUCAUUUCAUUCGUUGCUUACUUGCUUUAGUUGAACAAAAUUUGUGGAAUAUGUAAUAAUAAAGUUUCCGUUUUACAGUA